ACAAAUUGCGUUGUUGCAGAGUCACUGUGUGGUUCGAGUGUAAACAAGAGACUGGCAAAGGAAAACUCUGGAACUGGAUAAUCCAUUAUAUCUAAUUAGUUAAACUAGGAUUGUUGUUUUAUAUAUAAGAACAUAUAUUGUGUGUUUAUGCAACUAGCCAUGUGCCAAGAAAUUAUGUUUUAAACUGGGUUUCAUGUUAAGAUAAUCGUUGAGGCGACGCGCUGAGCUAGUUGGCUAAUGCUAGUUAGUUUGCCAGCUAGCUAGGCAGCUAACUUAACUGCUGCUGUUGUCCGCAUUCAAGGCCUCGGCUAGCGCUGUGCAGAGGCUGAAACGCCCCUGCAUGCCUAGGCCCAGUCUAGCCAGGACGACGGGCUAGAGCCCUGAGCCCUCAAAAGGCUUUUGAGGCACCUCUAUAGCCACGAUGGAGUCCGGUGGCAAAGAAUGUGAAGAAGAGAUACUGCAGACGGCAUUCAAGAAGCUGCGAGUGGAUGCUGAGAGUGCGUCUGCAGUUCCUGUGAGUGAGACUGUGUCUACAAGGAUGUCUCCUCGUGCCAACUCAGAGGGAGCAAAGUCCAAAAUAACCUGUCCGAAGGAGAACUGGCAUGGGUGUAUGCGGAAGUCUACAAGAGGAGUGGUAAGAAGCCAGAGAAGGCGACGCUCCAAAUCUCCCAUCCUCCACCCUCCUAAGUUCACCUAUUGCAGCUCAAAAAUGUCCUCACCUCCAGGCCACUUAAAGCAUAAAACCCUCCCAGAGCCCGAAGACACCUGUGCCUCCAUUGGAAUCCCCGCCAAGAAGGAGCUCCUGUCCUCCAGCCACGGCUCGCCUGUGUUUGGAGCCACGGGUUACGACCUCCGUGUCACAUUGUCCCAAGAAAGCCUUGGCUCUCCGCAGCUCUGCCACAGGAACCAGUCCGACGAGGACAGCGGCUCUGAGGCAAUUGUCUGUCCGCCCGGGGGCCCAAGUUCCCCAGAGGCACAGCGGCAGGUGGACCCUGCAGCAGAGCCCGGGUCAGUCACCGCUGGAGCUGCCGCUGCUACGUCCACCUCAGACUUUCAGUCUCUCUCCCGGCUUAACGAAACCAGAGCAUGUCCCUGUGGGCAAGGUGACUGCCAGUGUCCAAGCUGGCAGGGUGUGGAGGUGUACUCCUUCACCGGCCUAAGGAAUGUCAUCUCCGAGUGCGAGAGGGGCCUCCCGAACCCGGAGGAAGCCAGUGGUCAUAACGCAGCCCACCGCAGAACUCAGAACACUGGAACCUCUGGCUCCCCACGCUCCUGCUCGGAACAGGCCCGGGCAUACGUUGACGACAUCACAAUAGAAGACCUCUCUGGCUAUAUGGAAUACUACCUUUACAUCCCCAAGAAAAUGUCACACAUGGCUGAAAUGAUGUACACUUAAGAUUAUAGGUUUGAUUGCCGCCUAUGUUGAAUGGUUAAGCGGUUAUAACAUUGAUUAGGUUAUAUCUGGUCAGAACUUAACUGUUCACUUGAUGAGUUUUCUCCACCUCUCCUAAGUUAAAUGCAUUAGAGCUAACAAAUAUAUUUCCAUCAGAUUUGUUUUUGUUUUGUCUUGGUAUUUUUAUGAUUGUUCCAAUUUCAUAUUUACGUACACACGUUGCCAAAGCUCUAUUGCUAAUAUUGCAAGUUUGACUUAUUGCUAUAUGCAAACUUGUAAUGCCAACUAUGAUUAUGUUUUCCAGAGAAAAAAAAAAGCUGUUCAUUGUGCUUUUUUGAGUUUUCAUUUGUCUCAAUAAAGAGUUUGUUUAAGAAA